UCCCUCCAUAGCUGGCUUUGAAUGAAAGCUUAUAGAUUGAAACGAUCCAUCGUCCCUCCAAACGCUUUGAUCAAAGAAAACUAUGGCUCGCGCAUGGGGAUUCUCUGCCGCUGUCUCUCUUUCCGCAAAGAUUGUCGAGAGAGACUGCUCGAUCUUGGCGUUUGGCCAUCGCCCGGUGAGGAGAGAUUUAAAGAGGAAGUGAAAGGGUUUUCAUUUUUUUGUUUCUGUAAGAUUUUUGUCUUGUUGGAGUGAAUGGAUUGAGAUAAGAGCUCCAGAGUUAUGAUGCUCACGCCUUGUUUCUUGGAGGAGGAAUACGCCCUCUCCAUUCCAAGCUCGUUUGAUUCCUCUCCAUUUGGGAGGACGCUCAAAUCUAGGCAUGAAAGAUCGAAGAGCGCUCCCUCGAACGAGCGUUCUUUCGAUGGGUCGGAGGAUGGAUCCUUCUGGGACGUGUAUACUCCAACUGAUCAUCGCAAUUGGAGGUGUCUCGAUUGGAGGACGAAGCAUCGUCUGGCUCUGGAACGGGAUGUUUGCUUGCUCCAAAUCCGGCUACAAGAGGAGCAAGCCACACGGGCAUCGUUGGAAAAAGCUCUCGUCAAUGCUUCCAGCUGCCUCUCGCCCGAUUGUAAAACCAUCGCUACAAAGGCGAGAGACCUCAUCGCUGAGACAGCACUGAUCGAGCACGAAGUCGCCCAUCUGGAAAAACGAGUUCUUUGGCUCUACCGGAAGAUCCUUAUCGAAAACGUUCCCAACAAAGCCACCGAUCAUCUUCCGGAAAACCCAGACACCCCGAGCAAGGUGAUCAAAUUCGUAGUUCGUAAGAAACAGCAGGAUGAUCACCACCACCACUCGCGAAAAUCUCCCUUGUCUCAAGAUCCAAUCUUCAAGUCGAGUUUCAGGGACAGAUUGUCGAGCUCGCUCUUAUCAUCGACUUCUCCAGUCAGUAGCAAGGCAUCUCCGUUGCAUCAUCUACUCGGAGCAAUCCAGCCAAGGGCCCGAAAGAAACUCUCUGAGAUGCCAGAAACACCCCCGAGCUUGACGCUGGAGAGGUUUUCCAGUGGUUUUGUUGGAAGCCCCAGCGAGCUGUCGGCAGCGCUCGUUCGUGGCAUGGCUGGGAUCUUUGGCAAGCUCGCAGAUGUGCCUCAAAGCUCGCCUUCUCCACUCUUUUCCUCCUGGUCGAGUUCGUCCAGCCCCCGGAACCUUGGAGGCCUCUUGAGCAAUCCAUUCCAGCUCUCCAAGCAGCUGGGAGACUGUGGAGCGUACAGGUUUGUCGUGGAGGUUCCUUGGAUCUCGAUCGACAAGCAGCAGCUCGGCUACGUAGCACAGCCUCUUCAAGAAUUCAAGACGAUGGUCAAACAGCUCUCCAAGGUGGAUGUAGCAUCCAUGGAUUGCAACGAAAAGCUAGCGUUUUGGAUCAACAUCUAUAAUGCGCUUGUGAUGCAUGCACAUUUGGCUUAUGGAAUCCCAACCAGCAAAUCUAAGCGAGAAUCACUUCUACACAAGGCAGCCUAUAAGGUUGGCAGUGUUUCUGUGACUGCCUACACUAUAGCACAGUUUGUUCUCGCUUGGCGAUCAGAUUCUCAAAACUCUCGAGAGUGGCUGCAAGCUUUGAUAUCUCCCCUAGCGCGGCCCAAACCGAGGAUCAAACGUACGUUUACGUACAGCCUUCCACAUCCGGAGCCCCUCGUAUGUUUUGCACUUUGCUCCGGAGCUCGUUCUGAUCCAUCGUUGCGAGUUUACACAGCAAUCCAUGUCAGAGCCCAGCUCCAGAUUGCGAAGUUGGAGUUUUUACAAGCAAGUGUUGGUGUUGGAGCCAAGAAUACACUACUCCUGCCGAGAAUCCUCCACGACUUUCUUAGCGAGAUUGGCGUUAGCAGCAGGGGACUGCUGCAGUGGCUGUGUCACAAUCUCCCCGAGCAACACUCCCUCAGUCUCAAGGCUUGUGUCAAGCAUUUGGCGUUUGAAUGGCUGCCUUAUAACUCAAGCUUUAGAUACAUGUUUGUACGGGACUUGCUAGAUUUUGGAUGAUAAUAUAAUGUUAUUUCCGUCUAAA